CUCUAAAUCACUUCCUCAAGACGAGCGGCCUGCACUGUGACUGGAACUGGAUUGCAAACACUCUAAAUCCUUACUAUGAAGCCAACGGACGUGGUUGCACUAUUACAGAUGACAGACUCAUCGCACACACUCUGCCUUGGUGGUUCUUUGGAUCCGACAAUACAGGUGACAUAAUGCUUCAGAAGCAUCUGCUGGAACUGCCGAGAUUUGUGAGCAACAUGCACAGUGUUGAUUUGGUUACAGCAGAUGGAAGCUUUGACUGUCAGGGGGACCCAGGAGAACAGGAGAGAUUAGUUGCCCCGCUUCAAUAUUGCGAAGCCGUUUGUGCUCUUCUGCUUUUAGGAACCGGAGGCUCAUUUGUCCUGAAGAUGUUCACACUAUUUGAACACUCAUCUGUCUGUCUGCUGUAUCUCCUUGCAUGCUGCUUCCGUUCCGUGAACGUCUUCAAGCCAGGCACCAGCAAGUCUGGAAAUUCAGAGCUGUAUAUAGUGUGCUUGGACUAUCAGGCCAAAGAACAAAUUCGGCCAUUGCUCUCAAAGUUAAUCCGUAAUUACGGACCAGACUUGGCAUCCACAGUGGCGCUCUUUCCCCGUCGCUGCAUUCCAGACUCAUUUCUACGUCAGCAUGAAGAGAUAUGCACAUUUUUCCAUGCAUUGCAAGUUAACACAAUCCAGGAGAACAUCAAGCUUUUUGAAUGCAUGAGCGUAGAACAGCGCAGGCGAUUGGAGCAGCUCAGGGAAUAUGCUGCAGAGUUUUAUACAAAACGUUUCAGUGUUCACUACCUCCCUCGGAAAAGCUGGGUUUGCCGUGGUGGCGUGGCCAGAUGGGUAAAACUCUGUGAAAGGAAGCAAAUGGGCUCUUUCAAUCAGCGCAAGGAGAUGGAACUUCAGGGAUGGAAGCAGCGCCUUGCCCAUGGUAAUCAUGGGGAGUUCAUAGAGAGGCACUGUGCAGGGACAGAAGGAUGUGAGAUUGUACUUAGUGGCCAAUUGGAUGAGUGCGAUUUGGGAGCCUGGUUUGCCCUUGAGGGAGCUGCCUUGCCGAAAGUCUGCAGCUCCACCUUCUGUGAUCAAGAAAUGCUAGACUUCCUGAAUGAAGCUCUGGAGGAGAACCUGGGGGUCAAAGCGGUGAAUCAUUCUGACAGAGCUUUGCCAGUAUGCAGCUCCUGUAGCAUUGACUCCCCUGUAGGCAUCUUAUCUGAGAUUUGCAGCAACCCUGAUGUGACAUCUUGUUUGGUGCUGGGAAGACAGUCUUGGUGUGACGGAACACUUGUAGGCAUUAAAUUGCAGCCAGAGUUUUUGCAAGGACCCUCCUGUUGUGAGGUACAGGAUUCCACAUUGCACGACGGACAACCAGACUAUCAAUUUGAUCUUUUGAACACUGUGCUUUUUGCUCUGCAGAAACAGCAUCAGGGAUCGACCCUGGUGAUUCCCUUAUGUUCUGUCUUAACACGCUUCACCUCCGGCCUGGUUUUCACACUCCACCUGUGCUUUCGUUACAUCACAUUCCGUUGUUUGUCUGGUUGGCCUCCUGCUGUUCUUGUGUGUAUAGGUUUCUCUCCACCAUCAGCACUACCCCGGCUGCUGGACUUUCUCCGGGACGUGUUGGAGAAGAUGAAAAAAGUUCAACUUGAGCUGGGGAGGCAGAUUCUGCAGUUUGUACCUUUAGAAGAACUUCUCAGAGGGGAAUUACCUCGCUUCCUGUCUUCCUUCAAUACUGCUGUUGUUCGACAGCAGCUACAUGUGCUCAUGCAGGUUGAAUAGCGCACAUAAUGCUACCCCUGUAUGCCUAAAUUCUCUAGAAGAACUUUUCAGUUAGAUUACAUUUCAGUAUAAUCAUGUCUUGGUUUACUUUAAUUUAAAGAGCAGGUCAUAUGGUAUUUUAAAGUGUCCUAAUAUUGCGUUGGGAGUCC